UCCUCAGUCGAGAUUUGAUUUCAUAGCAGUAACAUCAAACACUAGUAUAAAAUGAGCGGAAUAUUUAACAUUUUUGGCACUGUUUAUCAAUUGGCUGCCUCAGCUGCGAACACAAUCUUCUUCAAGCGCUUAAGCGAUGAGGCAUCCGUUCAAGAUGACCAAAACCAGGAAGUGAACACUGAUAAUACGGAUGAGGAGAUGUCGGAUGAACAAAUUGAAUUGCCUACCUAUAGGCCGGUGAGGGAGUUGCGACGCAGCGCUCGUCUAAGGGAGAAGAAGCGGGAAAUUCAUUGCGUCUGUGCCGAAGUUGAUGGCCAAUUUCACAAGCUCUACGAACUGCCCUACUACGUCGUGAGUCCUUCGGCCGAUAUGAAGCAGGCCAAGCGUCGGGAAGCAGCUCGUCAAAAGAUGAGGAAUAUGAGCCCAGGCCCAGAAGCUUGACUCAAAGUAAAUGGCGUACGAAAGAGAGCGAGAGAGAGAGACGUACACGCGCAUACGACCUUUGUUUUUUAGAUAAGUUAUAAGUAGUUCAUUUAUUUAUUGUUGCCACAUGCAUUCAAAAUUCUCUAUUCGAGUUAAUUCUUGAUUCAAAAUUCUGCUUUGAUACUUUUGUACGAUUUUUCGAGAAACAAAUCAAAUGGCGGGGAGAUAAGCAAUUCCA